CCGCAGCUACCCACGUGCGUCGUCGCGAAACCCCGUGGAGAUGUCCCGCACGCCGCGUUCGUCGCAGGCCGAAGCAUCCACGCGAAGACUUCUCCCAUUUGAUCGCCUCGAUACGACGAUGCAGGAUCAAGCCUCUCGCGGCGGCGGCGGCGUCAUGUGGGCCUUGGUGUGCGCGACGGUGCUGGCCGUGGUGCUGCUGCCGCUGCCGCGCGUGGCCACGGCCGUGCCUGUGGAGAGACGCGAGGAACUCCUGAGCGAGGAGCGAGCCGGUCGCGUGGGCGGGGCGCUGGUCCUGUCCCCGCUGGAAGUCCAGGUGAACGCAAGUCUGGCGAGGGCCAUUCUGGACGAGGUGGAGACGGCGGUCAGGACGGGCGUCUACCCACCGGCCAUUCACUUCUUCAAGGCCAAGCCCCUGAUUGAGCGCAGCGCCGUGUUCCAGUUCAUCAGGAGGAUGCCCAAAGGAGCGGCGCUGCACCUGCACGACGUGGCGCUGGCGAGCGUGGAGUGGCUGGUGAGGAACGUCACCUACCGGCCGCACUGCUACGUGUGCCUCCGGCCGGAGCCGGCCUCACCGCGGUUCAAAUUCUCGGUGCGGGGAGCCCCCAGUCCCGACUCGUGCCGCUCGGCCCCCGACGGAUGGGAGCUGCUCGCGGACCUGCGACGCCGGACGCCCCUCGUGGAGGACUUAGACUCGAGGCUGAUGCGGGGCCUCACGAUGGUGACGGAGGACCCCGCCGCCGCUUACCCGAACCAGAACGCGGCGUGGCGCCGCUUCGAGGACGUCCUGAGCGGCGCCUGCGGCCUCGUGCUGCACGCCCCCGUCUUCCGAGACUACUUCGCUCGAGCUCUGCAGGAAUUCUACGAAGACGGAGUCUCCUACAUCGAGCUGAGGACGCUGCUGCCCAAUGUGUACGACCUGGACGGGCGCCUGCACGGACCCGAGUGGGUGGUGCGCGCGUACCAAGAUGUGUCUCGCGAGUUCUCUCACCAGAAUCCGGGCUUCCUCGGGGUCAAGAUCAUCAGCUCCAUCAACAGGAAACAGAACAGCUCCGCUAUCAGGAUGGCCAUCGAGCAGACCGUGCUACUGCGCAAGGCUUACCCCGACUUCCUCGUGGGCUUCGAUCUGGUGGGGCAGGAGGACUCGGGGAGCGACCUGUGGAGUCUUCGCGACGAGCUGGAGAGGCCGGCCAAGUCCGGGAUCAACCUCCCCUACUUCCUGCACGCCGGCGAGACAAGCUGGGAGGGCGCCGGCGUGGACGUGAACGUGCUGGACGCGCUGCUCUUCAACACGACGCGCAUCGGGCACGGCCUGGCGCUGGUGCGCCACCCGCUCGCCCUGCGCCUUGCCCGCUCGCGGGACGUACCCGUCGAGCUAUGCCCCAUCUCCAACCAGGUGCUGGGCCUGGUGGCCGACCUGCGCUCGCACCCGGCGAGCGUGCUCUUCUCGCGCGGACACCCCCUCGUCGUGUCGUCCGACGACCCCGCGGCGUUCGGCUCGCGCGGCCUCUCCUACGACCUCUACAGCGCCGUCAUGGGCGUGGCGGGCGGACUGGGCGCCGACCUCGCCACGCUCAAGCAGCUGGCGCUCAACUCCGUGCGGUACAGCGCCAUGGCGACGGGCGCCAAGGCCGAGGCGACGCGGCGAUUCCACGCGAGCUGGGAUGCCUUCGUCCAGCGGGAGGCGGAGCAACUCGACGGGACGCACCGAGCCGCCACCCCCGCGCAGCCCCACAGCGAACUGUGACCCCCGACCCCCGCCCUCUCCCGACCCCCACCCUCUCCCGAUCCCCGCCCUCUCCCGACCCCCGCCCUCUCCGCCGUGACCCUCGACCCCCGCCCUCUCCCGACCCCCGCC